UGGUUCUAGUAAGAUGUGCACUCCUCUCUAUGCUUCCUUUCCUUGUAUCCUCUCAAAUCAUCAGGGUUCCAUUAAAGCAGUACAGCAGUGCAGACGCCUCUAAAUCUACUGAACAUUCAGAAGCUAAUCUUUUCAAACUCCCUGCCAUUCAUAAAACUGAUUAUUACACAUCAGACAUCUUCUCAGAAUCUUCUGUCAGUAAGAACACGGCUCCCUACAGCAGGCAAACUGAUAAUAGGAAUGUGCAUGGAGUUAAUCUUCAUAAUGACAGAGACUUGUUUUACUACGGACCUAUAUCUAUUGGAACACCACCGCAGGAGUUUCAAGUGAUCUACGACACUGGUUCAGACUACCUGUGGGUCCCGUCGAGCCAGUGUAGUGCUCUUAACCUCCCAUGUUGGCAGAGUAAGCAGUAUGACAGCCAACGUUCCAGCACUCACGCAAGGGUAGGAGAAAGGUUUUUCCUCCCUUACGUCACAGGCUCCUGCUCUGGCUUCACUUCCCGUGACACAAUCACUGUUGGUGGUGCGUUGGUCAGAUAUCAGCUGUUCGGGGAGGCCACAGAACAGCCAGGACCUGUGUUUGUAGGGAUGCAGUUUGAUGGUAUCCUGGGACUGGGUCUCCCACACACAGGACCUCCUGGGUACUCUCUGGUGCAAAACCUAGCAGACCAGGGGCUGGUGGCACACAACGUCUUCUGCAUCUAUCUCAACAGUAACACAUCUGCAGAAACCAAUGCUGAAGUGUCUUUUGGUGGAUGUUUGCACCAAUAUCACACAGAACCUUUCCAGUAUGUUCCAGUAUCUGACAGCAGCAGGUGGAUUGUCAAAAUAACCUCUAUGACAGUGCACUAUGGAGAGGAGACUUAUGAUGUAGUGCAGGACCAUCAUGAAGAGUUGACAGCCCUGAUAGACUCUGGGACUAGCUUCUUGUCUCUCCCCAGAACAUUGUACUCAGGACUCAUGUCUUGGAUGUUCAGCCAAGGCCUUAUAAAACAGGAGGCUGACCAACAACUAUUUACAGUUGACUGUGUCAAAGCUCCAAACCUUCCAGACAUCUUUAUAACCUUGGGAGAAAACAAUUUUGUUUUGGAAAACAGACAUUUGAUCAUACAUAGGCAAAAUAGGAUUGGUGCAGAUGCCUGUUUUAUAGCCAUAACUCCCUCUGAUGAAAAGUUUAUAAUACUGGGAACAGUGUUCAUGAGGAAAUACUACACAAGAUUUGAUGUUGAAAAAAAACGCAUCGGCUUCUCUCCUGCGGUCUCUGGCGGCUAUUAAAUCUCUUCAAGCUUUUAUGGACUAUUAUUACAAGACAUACUAUACUGAAUGUUAAAAUAAAGUUUUCUAUAAGA